ACUGCAGCUCGUAGGCCUGUUCAGGACGCGGGAACAGAAACUGGCGAUCCAAAGUGCGAGCAAACUCAGGACACAGCAAUAUGGUCAAGAAUCCGGGGAACAGCAAUAUGGCCCCGGCGAGUCUCACAGGACUGCCUCUCGAGUUGCUCGUACAUCUCAUUGCGACAUAUCUUCCUACGAAGGACUUCGGCGCCCUUCGCCUUUCGAACAAGUACCUUGAGAGAGUGCUGUUUGACACGUUUGCGAAAGAAUUCUUUACGAAGAAGCAGUUCAUGCUGAGCACCGCAAGCUUACAGACGCUCGUCAGUAUCUCUAGACAUGGCGCCUUCAACAAAACCUUGCGAUAUGUAAUCAUCGGACUGGAGUCCUUUGAUACUACCGACUUGUCAUCGCUCUUUUCUACUAUGAGCCCCGCCCAGUACAAUGCCUUUCAAAAAGGUUCCGCCGACCAAUUUGCUCUGAGUAGCUCUGGUCGUGACCGGGCUCUGCUCACAGAGGCAUUCCGUAAUUUGCAGAACCUUGAUACGGUGGGCAUCCGCGAUUACGAGGCUUCCGGACGUGUGCGUGAUGACGACCGGUGGAGGAGUUACGGCGCGCCUUCGAUAUCACAGGAGAUUGGGUUCAACCUUCACACGGGCUCUGCUACAUUUGCAUCUCAGGCAUUCUUGUUGCUCAUGCAGGCACUUGUUGAUGCUGACCAUCCAGUCUCUGCCAUUGAGACCAUUUUGCGGACACGGAACGCCGGACACAUCGCCGGACUGAAAGACAGCGCUUUCUUUCUUGGGUCCCCAAACCCCAAGAUGGACGUGGUGCUCGGCGGACUGCGACAAUUGCUACUCACACUCAAUCCCUCCGACGGACUCCGCGACUCUCGUUUAGACGCAGAACUUCACUCUACGUGUCUGGAAUUAUUCCUUCUUCGUUGCUCUUUCCUUGAGCAUCUUCGGAUGAAUUUCUACAAACCACUCCAAUACUCGCCAUCCUGGGUGCUGGAACGGCUAUGCAAAACGCCUGAUCUUUUGCCUGUUAUUCGGCGUCUCGACUUGGGCAUGCUGACCAUCAUGCCUGAUGUGCUGAUCAAAGUUAUCUCUAAAUUCGCGGCAACUCUGCGGCAUGUGAGCCUAUGGAAGGUUGAACUACAAUGGGAUGAUGCCACUCAGUGGAAAGACUUCGACGACCGUUAUGAUCCAUGGCCACGCGUGCUCAAGGAUCUCGCUAUGACAAUGAGUCUCACCAAUAUAAGCCUGGGAUGUCUCUCUCAAAGAGACAGAACAGACUACAUUGGCUAUUUCGAAGUUAAGUUCUCGGGUGGCAAGAUAGCGCAGGCCUAUUCUGGAGACAAGCGAGUCUGGAUGCCGCUGCUUCUCGAUCAACUAGUGGUCGAGAGGCCGAAACCUCCAAGCGAUCUAAGCGAUCUUGAUGAAGAUGCAGAUGAAGAUGAAGAGUGACGGGUGGUUGGGUCCAAAUUGGAGAGCUUUGCACCGGCUGGGGCACCUGGGGCGACAGUUCUCGUUGCACGACUCUCUAGCGAGCUCAAGGGAUGAAUACGACAUGUUUGGAGUAUCCGGCACCGUUCACAUCUAAUUUAUAAUCGGCGUAACCAACUUCUAACAAUGUUCUCCGCGGAAGAUGACGCAUCUGUUCUUGUAUCGCCCCAUCCUAGAGCUUUUAUCUCUACGUCAGCGAGCACGACCCUUGAUAGCUUUGUAUGCAUAUAGAGGUCCCGUAGUCGAAGCAUCCC